AUUUUAAUACCCCUAUCUUCCCCUGCCCGAACGCGCAUUCCACGGGCCCCGUCUCGAGAUCCCGCGUCCAUUCUAUGGCGACGCUCAAAGUCCCCACCGCCGUCCCGCCCGUCGCCGACGACUGCGAGCAGCUCCGCAAGGCGUUCCAAGGGUGGGGCACGAACGAGGCACUCAUCAUCUCCAUCCUGGGGCACCGCGACGCCGCGCAGCGCCGCGCCAUCCGCCACGCCUACGCCGAGGCCUACGGCGAGGAGCUCCUCCGCUCCAUCACCGACGAGAUCUCCGGCGACUUCGAGAGGGCCGUGAUCCUAUGGACGCUGGAACCGGCGGAGCGGGACGCCGUGCUAGCCAACGAGGCGGUUAGGAAGUGGCAGCCCGGGAGCUGGGUGCUGGUCGAGAUCGCUUGCGCGCGCGGGUCCGCGCAGCUCCUAACGGUCAGGCAGGCGUACCACGACCGCUUCAAGCGAUCGCUCGAGGAGGACGUCGCCGCGCACCUCACUGGGGACUUCCGCAAGCUUUUGGUGCCACUUGUAAGUGCAUACCGCUACGAGGGACCAGAGGUCAACACAAGGUUGGCACAUUCAGAAGCCAACAUACUUCAUGAGAAGAUCCAUCACAAGGCUUACAGUGAUGAUGAGAUCAUCAGGAUCCUCACCACUAGGAGCAAGGCUCAGCUGCUUGCGACAUUCAAUCAUUACAAUGAUGCAUUUGGCCACCCAAUCAACAAGGAUCUGAAGGUUGACCCCGAGGACGAGUUCCUGAAGACGCUGCGGGCGGUCAUACGGUGCUUCACCUGCCCUGACAGGUAUUUCGAGAAGGUCAUCAGGCUGGCUAUCGCAGGCGUGGGCACCGAUGAGAACUCCCUCACCAGGGUCAUCACCACCCGCGCCGAGGUGGACCUGAAGCUGAUCAAGGAGGCAUACCAGAAGAGGAACAGCGCCCCCCUGGAGCGCGCAGUCGCGGGAGACACCUCCGGCGACUACGAGAGGAUGCUCCUCGCGCUCCUGGGGCAGGAGUGAGCCGUGCGUCUCUGCCCACUGCGUGCUGCUAUCCUUUAUGAUCUGAACGGGUAAUAAACCUGGUAUGCAUAGCUAGCCGUAGUCGUGCUAGACACGGGGUUGUUCCUUAAGUGCUGGCACUAUCGCUGCAGCUUGCAUAACAGUGAUAAUCAAAUAAGUUGUGUCUGCGAUGAAUCGUGGCCUUUUUUUCUUGC